AUGAGUAGAAAUUUUUCACAACCUGUGGAGCAGCUGUGCUAUGAGCAGGUGAACGGAUCCUGUGUGAAAACUUCCUAUUCUCUUGGUCCUCGGGUGCUUCUCUACACGGUGUUCGGCUUCGGGUCCCUGCUGGCUGUGUUCGGGAACCUCCUGGUGAUGACGUCUGUUCUGCAUUUCAAGCAGUUGCACUCCCCCACCAACUUCCUCAUCGCCUCUCUGGCCUGUGCCGACUUUCUGGUGGGGGUGACUGUGAUGCCAUUCAGCAUGGUCAGGUCCGUGGAGAGCUGCUGGUACUUCGGAAGCAAAUUUUGUACCUUUCACAGUUGCUGUGAUGUGGCAUUUUGUUACACAUCUGUCUUCCAUCUGUGUUUCAUCUCUAUUGACAGAUACAUUGCUGUCACGGACCCUCUAGUGUAUCCCACCAAGUUCACAGUGCUUGUGUCAGGAAUUUGCAUCAGCAUCUGCUGGAUUCUGCCCAUGGUGUACAGCUGGGCUGUGUUCUCCACAGGAGUCAAUGAUGACGGCUUGGAAAGCUUAGUAACUGCUCUCAACUGUGUAGGUGGCUGUCAAAUUGCAGUGAACCAAGACUGGGUUUUGAUUAAUUUCUUCUUGUUUUUCAUUCCCAACCUGGUUAUGAUCACUCUUUAUAGUAAGAUUUUCCUUGUGGCUAAGCAACAAGCAAUGAAAAUCGAAUGCACCAGUAGCAAAGCAGAAUCAUCUUCAGAAAGCUACAAAGUCAGAGUGGCCAAAAGAGAGAGAAAAGCAGCUAAAACCCUGGGAGUCACAGUGAUAGCGUUCAUGAUGUCCUGGUUUCCGUACAUAAUUGAUACAUUAGUGGAUGCCUUUAUGGGUUUUAUAACCCCUGCUUAUGUUUAUGAGAUCUUUGGUUGGUGUGCUUAUUAUAACUCAGCCAUGAAUCCUUUAAUUUAUGCUUUAUUUUAUCCUUGGUUUAGGAAAGCCUUAAAGCUUAUUUUAAGUGGGGAAGUUUUUAAAGAUGGUUCUUCAAACAUUAGUUUAUCUUCGGAAUAA